AUGGCAGCUCCAACCAGAGUGAUGCUUUAUAGCCCUCAUGUAAAAGAGAGUAUAUCUCUAAUGAGCAGCGAGGCUGAAUCUCCAAACUACAGAGGAUUUUUGAACCUAGGAGGAAUCAUAAUUAUUGUCGCUAAUUUUAGAUUGAUCAUUGAAAACAUAUUAAAGUACGGCUUUCUGUUAAAGCUGCCAUCUCCCUUUGAAUUUUACAACCACUACUCAGGAUGGCCUUGCUUAAGCACCGCAAUUCUCUUGAUUAUUCCUUUAGCCAUCUCAUAUUAUACUGAGACAAAGCUCGCACAGAAACUUUCAUCAGGAAUGGUCAAGCUUUUGAUGAUCCUCAAUAUUUGUGCAACUCUAAUAGUCCCACCCUAUAUGGUCUCUCUAACAGAAGCUUAUCCUCUGCCUGCCUCUGCUUUAUUGUCGAUCUCUUUGAUAUGUGCAAUGAAGCUUUAUAGCUUUUCUGACGUCAUGUCAGAAGUGAGGAUAUGUUAUAAAAAUAAAGAAUAUGAAAAAUUCCCUAGUGACAUAAAAGAAGUAGUAGCUAAUUCUCCCUUUUAAAUUAAAACAAAAUAAGACUAAUUUUAAUUUAAAAAUUUAAGCCUAAUAAAAUUGUAAUUUUUUUUGUAAAAAAUUAUAAUUUGUUGCACUAGCUUUUUUGCUCAAUUUAAUGCUGCCGAAAUUAAAAAUUUGCAUUAAGCUCGCUAUAUUUUAAAUAGGUGAGUUCAAGCAAAAUGAUAUUUAAACAAGUUAGCAUUCUAAAUCGAUAAUUUCUUGGUUCUAAUUUAAAAGGAGGAUUAAAUACCCGAAUAUUUGCAGUAUAAGGCAUUUUGCUUACUUUAUUACAGCACCAACUCUAUGCUUCCAAUUCACUUACCCUAGAUCUCCAUGUAUUAGAAAAGCGUGACUUUUUAAAAGAAUCGCUGAAUGAAUUCUUGCAUUAUCCUUUAUGGUUAUCUUAAUUCAACAAUAUAUGAUGCCUUUAAUUCAGAAUACAUUGCCUAUCAUUAAUAAAGAGCCUAUAAAUUAUACUGCUCUACUAGAAAGGCACCUUAAAUUAUCACUACCGAACCUUUACUUCUGGCUGAUCAUGUUUUUCUCAGCAUUCCAAUGCUUCACCAAUAUUGUUGCAGAACUGACACGAUUUGGAGACAGGACUUUCUAUAAAGAAUGGUGGAAUUCUAGGACUUUAGGUGAGUACUGGAAUUAAGAAUUAAAGUCAGGCGCUAGCCAUAUUGGUGGCGCAGUCACCAAACACCUCCCGUACGGUGUUCAUCCGCUUUUCGACUCCAGCCCAGAUGGUCUAGCUAUCUUGCGAGUGCCCUUCUGAUACCUUCCGUCUCCUCCUUGCAUUGUGGCUUAAGUCUUGAGUGGGCGGCUUAUGGAUUUCUACGGCCCUGCUACGGGCGAUUGGAGUAGCUUGAUUUCAAGGAUACUUGGAGUCUAUCGGGUUUCGAAGUGCCUUCCUUCUUGGCUACAGGAAAAAGACUGUUCCCCUGUGGCCUGGGCCGAAACCCCCAGUUUCUCGAUAGAGGAAUGCCCAAUGGGUCUUCGGAUCCAAAGGACGUUGCUGAGCACCUCCAUUUCCAACCACAGGAAAGCAGCCAAUACCUACCCGGAUACACACCUCUGGAGCCUGCAGUUGAUUCUCAGCUCGGAGUCCAUCCCAGUUCGCCGUAGCAAUAAGGUCUGGACUGCUGUGCCAAGAGGGCAGGUUGACACGUGUCACCAUUUUAAUGUAUAUCUAGGCGAGUACUGGAAGUUGUGGAACAUCCCAGUCCACUCUUGGCUGCUUCGCCAUGUGCAUUUCCCUCUGAUUAAUAUGGGUUGCCACAAAAAUUUCGCUAUGUUUGUAACAUUUUUUAUAUCUGCAGUAGGCCAUGAGUAUUUGAUCAGCGGAGCUUGCAGGAUUGUGUCGUACUGGGCUUUCUUGGCGAUGAUGAUGCAGAUCCCGCUUAUCAUUGUGAUGGACAUCUUUAAGUCAUUUUUAUUAAAAACUCAGAUAGGCAACGUGGUGUUUUGGGUGAGCUUCUGCAUCAUUGGGCAGCCUUUGGCAGUGCUGAUUUACUCAAUCCAAGUCAUCAAUAGGAUGAAUCCAUAA